CUUCACUGUGACUUAGACUAUCGACGCGAGCCUGAUGAGCCAUCAGAAUCGACCUCUCUAUGGCCUCUACUACUCGAUAUGAGCCGCUGGACAUUGACGAAAACGUGGAGCAUCCCUCGAGACGGUUCUCAAAUACCCUACUGCGAAAUCCACGACUACAACGAUACGUGCUACUCGCCUUGAUCUUUUUCGUCGCACUUUCUGUGUUCGGGAUAUGGAGAAGACCUGACGUUACUGGAAGUGGUGAUACUCAUGGAGUAGCGGAUAUUGGGAAGAUAUUUUGGGUCAACUGUGAACCGUUGUUACAGGGUGUGGAUUGUGGGUUUAUCGUUGCACCAAAGGACUACUCGAAUCACAAAAUUGGAACAGUUUCCAUAUAUAUUGCUCGAUACAAAGCUCGAAGGGUUCCAAAAAAGGGGGCAGUAUUCAUGAACCCCGGUGGGCCAGGUCAUCCAGGAACUCCUAUGGCGCUGAAGAAGCGUCUAGCGAUGGCCAGUAUAAUUGGGGAUGAUUGGGACUUGGUUGGAUUCGAUCCUCGUGGGGGUGGGCAGACUACACCUGCUACGCGUUGUUUUAAGUCAACAGAAGCCUUCCGUCGAUUUUUUGCCAACACUGUAGUUGAGCGUGGUGUCACUAUAUCCUCAGUCAGUAACUUGGCGGCUCCGACGUUGCGCAGUUUACUCGUGGACCAGUACAAUGAAUUUGUGAGAUUGAAAAAGGAGCAAGGAGAUAUAUGUAGGAUGAAUAUGGGCGACGAGUUGAGAUAUAUGGGAUCUGCCAUGGUCGCUAGGGACAUCGAGUUUAUGUCGCGGGUAUUGGAGGGGAAUGAGGCUAAAAUUAACUAUUGGGGAGAAUCAUACGGCACUGUAAUAGGAUCAAACCUAAUCAAUCUCUUUCCAGAACGAAUUGGGAAAGUCGUAAUCGACGGUGUGGUUAACCCGGUCGUUCUUUCCGAGGAACCGACCUACAAAUGGCCAAGUGAUUGGCUCUCAGACAGCGAGAAGACCUACGAGUUAUUUUUGAAGGAUUGUUCAAAUGCUGGUCCUUCUCGAUGUCCGCUCGCGAAGUUUCAAGGUGAACCACACCAAGAUAUUGAGGCUCGAAUUGAAGAUUUCUUCGAUUCAAUUGCUCAAAAUCCUAUCAAUAUAUCAUUGGGUGGUCGACUAGGAGCAGGAAGGGGGUUUUUGACUUCAGGCACAGCCCGUGCCCUCCUGCUUGUUGCUCUCCAUUCGCCGAAUAACUGGCCUCAUUUCUCGCAAACGCUUGCGUCAGUGAUGGCGAGCAAUACUACCGCACAAGCUGCUCUUUAUGAUAUGGCAUUUCCUCGGCUUCAGGAACCGCCUCAUCCACCCUUUGCAAGAGAUUUAGAACGUCAAGCCAUCACCUGCUUAGAUGCUCCGGUUUCCUCCUUUGUAUCGGCUGGGGAACUGGCGGAUCAGACGAUUAAAACACUGCGCGAGACGUCCAAACAUUUUGGUGCAAGCACAGGCUUAAGUGAGCCUGAUGGAGGAUGCGAGUUUUGGCCUUCGAAUUCGGAGGUCGAGAGGGUCGAGAUGAGGUUAGAUGAGGCAAAUAAGAAGAUGAAGAUGGAGGACGGAGAUAGAAAGAUAUUGAUUAUCAGCAAUACUGCAGAUCCGAUAACGCCGUUGUCUAGCGGCCUUUUGGUCAACUCUUUAUUGGCAGAUUCCUCCACUCUUGUCAUUCAAGAUGGACCUGGACAUUGUUCAACGUCGUUCCUCUCUCGAUGUAUGAAGGACCUCCAGAAGGCUUUUUGGGCUGGAGAAGUACCAACGAAUGGGACAGUCUGUAGGGUCGACAGGAAGACAUUCCCAGAUUAGCGUCGCUGUUAGUCUUCGGCGAACAUUUCGCCCGAAGGCUAGACACAUUUUUGGAAGACACCCGUCUGUUUCCCUGUAGAUACCCCCACGAGACGACCACGGUUUGUCUGUAGACUAAGACCCUUGUCAUCUGCGUUGAACUCUUCUUUUGGCCUGCUAAUACCGUUUAAAGCUGG